ACAUGCGUGAUGACAGCACACGAAAGUUUUUUCAGUGAUGAAAUCAAAAAGUUGUGUAUCAUAGAGACUAAAAAUGUUUCCGAAAUAUCUAAUAAUUUCGCGGGUGGUGCCGAUGAAGGUACAAUUGAUUGGGCAAAAGUGGAAGCAUACUUCGGUGAUAAAAUAGUGCACCAUAGUCAACCGCUACAAUAUUAUUACUGUCGAUCCAUGACAACGAUUAUUCAUCAAUUCCUUAUAUGCUGCCCCACUGCCGUCAUCUCCGAAGAAAAGCUUUCAUGGACCAAUCGUUUGGAUAUGCUUUCGCUGGUGGGCUCAACUUCAAUGGACACCUUGAGCAGCUCGCUAAUUCUAACAUCAAUUGUGGAGUACUCACUUGGUAACGUUUACCAAACAGAAACUGGCACAGUUCCGCCGCAUCUUCUCCGUGAUUUGCUAAUGACUGACGUUUUGGUCAAUCUGUUAGGUGAAACACCUGUAUAUCUGUUACGAUUACUGCUAGGAACACCAAACGGUAUCAAUCUGAGAAAUUUGGUGUGGCAUGGUUUCUCUAGCCCGCAGGAUGUCAGUCCGCUGUACGUAAAUUUUCUCUUGCUUAUGCUUACUUCUAUUGGGGAGCGGUUGAACAAAUUAAGCUACGUCGUCAAGCAUCGCGAGUAUGCAGAAUAUAGGGGAGCACUUGUUAACCAAAUUAAAAUAGAUCGUUUUUGUGUCACUUUGCUCGGGAAAGCUCUACAUAAUGCUAGUGAUAUACCGGAAGGACUAACAGCUAAUUGGCAACACGCAAUCAAACUCUACAACAGCGGAGAGUAUUAUCAAUCUGUCUGUAUAGCUCUACCCCAACUAGAGAUGUACCUUAGGAAGCUGUACGGAACAUUAUAUGAUCUAGAUUACCGGGCGAAAAUUGCGGAAUAUUACAUAAUAAUGGAUACAAUAUUCGAUGAAUUCGAUUCUUCCAAUACUCCCAACAAAAUAUACAAUCACUUUUCGACCUCAUUGCUAGAGCUAGUUUACGACUUUUUAACAGCACUCGAUGGUCCUCGAAUACGAGACAAACUCAGUCAUGGCGAACUGAAAUUAUUGCAAAUUGAUGAAUCGAUAGCUAAUAGGAUACUACACUUAUCCUAUUUGCUGCUAACCAACGAUAGCAACUUUGAGUAUAGGAGCAUUUUUCAUCGCAAUGCUAUGCUUAAAUUCAAACUUCAGGAAUGUGAAAUUGCACUGGAAAGAAGCGAUUCCACUCAAAUUCCUCCGGACACAUUGGAUACACCUGAAUCCGAUAUCCUAUUUUUGCCAUCAGUCGAAAUACCAAGAAAUGUACCUAUCUUCUACCGCCAUGCUAGGGAAAGCGAAAUAGUCGGAUUCUUGACGCGGAUAUGCAUAGUCCAUAAGAUGGCAAUUGAAUAUUUGCAUAAAUCGUUAUCAUCUCGCAUGGAAGCACUGGCUAAACGAGAACUGCGCUCCAGAGCAAGGAACACGUUGGACAAUAUGCUUCGAAUGUUCCCGACAAUUUGGCAAGGCCUGAAAUUGAUUCUUCAACUAGUGAAGUGGAUAUUCUUCUGUCUCAUGGAAUGUGCAGAUCUUCCUGAUGCCACGCAAGUAGUACGAUUUCUAAAGUUCGUUCUAAAGUAUACGGAAAAUGCAGCUAAAAAUCUAAACUCGAAGAGCAAUGCGUGGCAGCCUCUGUACGAAGCGACUAAGCGCGAGUUGUACGAUAAAACUAGGCAAAACCUAACGAUGCUGCUGUGUUGA